AUGGGUCAAGGCUACUCCAUGACCACCCUGUCCGCCGCGUCCGCCAGCAUAGAUGUCCCUGAACUGGCGGACCUCGUGCACGAGAAGACCCUGACCUCAGCCCGGUUCAUGAAAAGCGUCCGAGCGAGGAGUCAGCAAGGCUUCGUAUUUGUCAAGGCCGUCAUGAAGCCAUAUUCGUCCUUCCAGGUCCACGAGUAUAUUCGCCAGAUUACCCACGAGAGGAACACGCUGGCUGACAUCCCCAAUGCCCUGGGCUAUCAGCGAAUCAUCGAGGUACCUAGUGGUGGCUUCCUUGUCCGCCAGUACAUGUUUAGCUCGGUAUACGACCGCAUGAGCACUCGGCCAUUCUUGGAGGACAUUGAAAAGAAAUGGCUGGCCUUCCAGCUGCUCUGCGCCGUUCGUGACUGCCAUGCCCGCAACCUCCACCAUGGAGACAUCAAGACGGAAAACCUUCUUGUCACUUCCUGGAACUGGCUCUAUCUCACCGAUUUUUCCUCUUCAUUCAAGCCUGUAAAUCUACCCGAAGACAAUCCAGCCGACUUCUCAUUUUAUUUUGAUACUUCGUCGCGACGGACAUGCUACAUUGCUCCAGAACGUUUCACUUCGGCCAACCCAGAGGACGUCCCAGGGGAACUAAAUUGGGCCAUGGAUAUCUUCAGCGUCGGGUGCGUCAUUGCUGAAAUAUUCCUAGAAGGGCCCAUCUUUUCUCUCAGUCAGCUGUUCAAAUACCGGUCAGGGGAUUAUAGCCCAGAACAUACCCAUCUCAACAAGAUCGAAGAUCCUGAAGUGCGGGCCAUGAUUCUCAACAUGAUCGAACUGGAUCCCGAGAAGCGCUACAGUGCAGAACAACAUCUCUCCUUCUACCGGUCCAAGAUCUUUCCCGAGUACUUUUACAGCUUUCUCCAUCAGUAUAUGCUCGAUCUCACUAGGCCCGCUACUGCGCUGAAACCCGUGGAACUGAAUCUCAGAAGCCUGAGCGAAUUCGAUGAGAAGAUAGAUCGCGUCUAUCAUGACUUUGACAAGAUCUCUUUCUUCCUCGGCUACGGCCCGAGUUCCACGAAACAGUCUUCGCGGUCGCCGUUGACGAUGAAGUCCAACAACAGAUUCAAAACGCCGGAUGCAGAUCCUAGCCUUUACGACGGCAGUUUACUCUUUCUCACUCUUGUCGAGUCCAGUCUAAGGAAUACGGCAAAGGCAUCGGCACGGCUCAAGGCAUGCGAUCUUUUGGUUGCUUUCGCUGAGAGACUCCCAGAUGAGGCGAAAUUGGAUCGCAUCCUACCGUACAUUGUUGGCUUGAUCGCAGAUCAGUCGGACGUGGUCAGGGCUGCAGCAAUCUACGCCAUGACCUCAAUCUUCGAAAUGAUUGAAGUCGUUUCGCCGAUCAAUGCAUAUAUCUUUCCAGAGUAUAUCCUGCCGCGUCUGAGGCAUUUUGGGUUGGGCGCUUCAAGUGAGCCCAGCAUCCUUGUGCGCUCCGCGUAUGCAUCCUGCCUGGCGUCGUUGGCGUUGUCGGCUGAACGAGUUCUCGACAUGUUCCAUGCCAUCCGGGCCGACGGGCGCCUGUCUGCGUUGCGAGAAGAUGAGUUAGCUCCCCAGCAAUCAUACGACGCUCUCUACGACUAUGGCCGACGCGAGAUCGUUCCCCAUUUUGAAGAGUCGACCGUUGCCUUGAUAACGGACCCGGAACCAUCUGUCCGAAGAGCUUUGCUGGGUUCAAUAUCCCGACUAUGCGUCUUUUUCGGCAGUCAACAGUCCAGUGAUGUGAUCUUGACACACCUUAACACAUACCUGAACGACAAGGACUGGAUCCUGAGGUGUUCCUUUUUUGAAGCGCUUGUGGGAAUCGCCUCUUACAUUGGUGCCACAAGCCUAGAGAAGUUCAUAUUGCCAGUGAUGGUUGGCUCCUUGACUGAUCCCGAGAGUUUUGUUGUGGAGAAAGUCUUUCGAUCAUUAGCCCGGAUGGCCGCAUUGGGUUUGUUGCAGAAGAGCACAACCUGGGAACUUGUCGGCAUCGCCGCAAGAUUUUCGAUCCAUCCCAGUAUUUGGGUGCGCGAGAGUGCUGUUCAAUUCAUCGUUUUGUCUGCCAAGUACAUCCCAGCAGCCGAUCAGUACUGCAUCGUCCUCCCCAUCAUUCAGCCAUUCUUAAAAGGGCCGAUCUCGGCCCUGACGGAAGAGCGAAUAUUGGACAAUCUGAAGCGACCAUUGCCGAAGAUAGUGUUUGAUUCCGCCACCCACUGGGCAGCCAGGAAGGGAAACAGCCUAUUCUGGACAGCUGCAAGCCGAGAUGGUGCAUUGACACUGUCCGAUCCGACAACACCGCAAAAUCCGUCGGCGCUCACAAAGCGGCUGUUGACCAGAAUACCCCCUUCUCAAAAAGACAAAGAUGAUCAAAUAUCUCUCGAGAGUCUACGAAACCUCGGAAUGACCGCGGAGGAUGAAAUCAAGCUUCUUGCGCUACGGGAGUACAUAUUGAAAAUUUCCAGGCACAAACCACUUGAGGAUUCAGAUGAAAAAUAUCGCAUGUUGAAUAAUAUCAUCCCUCUGAAUCAGAUCAAUGUUACUCCGCAGAACGUCUUCUUUGAUUCGCGUCAGCCGAUUAGAGAGAAUACAAGUGGACCUAGGAGGACGCAGAAAAGAUCAAGAGUGGAUGAGAGGCACAGUCUGGCAGAUGCUCUUCUUGAUGCGUCAACCAGUAUCGACGACCAUAUGUCGAGGAGGAUAUCGUCCACAGAGCAGUCAAGCGGGACGGCAACGCCCACAACCAAGCCCAUGGACAUCCAGCAUCGCAAACCCUCGGAGACAAGGCCCAACGGCGCGCCUGCCAUAGCAGUGGAAAGGGCAAGUGUGUCCUCCAGGCCAAGCAUCUCAAAUGUCGAGAUUUCUUUGAAUGGAGACAGGCUGUCAUUGCGUCGCAACACCUCGCUCGAACUCAGACAUCGAGCCAGCGGUUUGAACUUGAUGAAUCGAACGGACUCCGCAAAGGCGGACCCGGAAACGUCCACGAUCUCGGAGAAUGCAUUUGGCAGGGUCGAGGUAGAUGGGCAGUUUUAUCGACGAAGCACGGGCGGACCCUCGGCGUUGUCAGUGACCGCCAAUGUGGCCGCCAAAUCAAGGUCUGUUUCGCCUCGCGGCAGCGGGACUAGAACGCCGCUCUACGAGCCCAACCAUUCAUACCAAGGGAAUGACGCCAAUGUUCUGCGACUGCUGGACAAUCACUUCUUGGAGAAUUUCCCCAUAGAUCAAAUGGACUUUGGCGGGAAUAGACCUCCCGCGGACACGAGAACACCUAUUCGGAGAGCUACCGACGUCUUACAACAGGCCGGCGGAAAAGCGGCACAACAGGAAGAGAAGUUUCGCAGCGAACCGUGGCGCCCUUCAGGCCAACUUCUGACUCAGUUUUCGGAGCACACAGCUGCCAUCAACCGAGUGUGUGCGGCCCCUGAUCACGCCUUCUUCGUGACAGCAUCGGAUGAUGGAACGUGCAAGAUCUGGGACACGAUCAGGUUGGAAAAGAAUGUCACGGCGCGUUCGAGGUAUACACAUCGACGCGCCGAGGGAGUGAGGGUCAAGAGUCUUUGUUUCAUCGAGGAAACGCACACGUUUCUCAGUGGGGCGGACGACGGAAGUAUUCACGCUCUACGAAUUGACUAUAAGAGUGUCGAAGGUGGUGAGACUUCCCGAUAUGGCAGACCGAGUCUCGUCCGGGACUAUCUGAUACCAUCCAAUCGAGCCGUGAACAAUGUCGGCGGCCCCGGUGGUAGUGCUGCUGGGUCCGUUUCAGAAUACGCCGUCUGGCUUCAUCAUUAUCGCACGCCAACCUCGCAAUCUAUCUUACUAGCAGCGACUAACCAAUGUCGUAUUCUCGUCAUUGACAUGAAGAACAUGGAAAUCCUCCACAGCAUGAGUAACCCGGUACAUCAUGGUACACCGACUACAUUUUGUGUUGACAGGAAACACCAUUGGUUGCUCUUGGGGACGAGUCAUGGAAUUCUGGACCUGUGGGACUUGCGAUUCAAAUUGCACUUGCGUAGUUUUGGCAUCCAAACCAAUUCUCGCAUAGAUCGGCUCCUGAUUCAUCCUGCCAAAGGUCAUGGGAGAUGGGUGAUGGUGAGCGCUGGUGGGGAGAUCAGUGCCUGGGACAUUGAAAAGAUGGUCUGCCGCGAAGUUUUACGGCCAAGUACAUUCAGUCCCAAAGGGGGGCAGACACGCCCAUAUGAAGCGUGGUCUCCGGACGAAGAGAGCAGCGAAAAGAUUCUGUCACGCUUUGCCAAGGAGGUGUCUGAGAAUGACAGCUUGAUCGAACCUCAAUUACAUCGGUCGCCGACCCCAAAUGAGGUAUCUGCCGCUUCACCUACGAAGAAGUCGACCCCCUCGUCCGGCUCAGGCUCGGCUUCUACCUUUCCGAUCCUUGCGAUGUACAUUUUUACCGACUACACCCAAAGCUCGAACCCAGAUAACCCCAACAAGCACUCCAUACUUUUUACUGGCGGGGUCGAUAGAGCAUUACGAUACUGGGACAUUGGUCGACCGGAGAACAGCUUCAUUGUCUCUGGACCACAACUACAUGAUGCAAAUGAGGAGAGCUUCACCCCGGCUGGGAGUGUCAAAUCGAAGUACAAAUACGAAGUGUCGCAUCCGUUGAGCCUGAGCGCUGGAGCGCAGAUCGCGCUCGUACAGGAAAAGGUCAAUACCAACGAGGAAGCCGCAACCUUGGCUCAGCCGUCGAGGAAAACAUCGUCUUAUACUCGUUUUUCGAGAGAAGCCACAACUCAUGUAGCUUCAACUCCUCCAAGAAGAUCGAACACACCUACGCAAACUGCCACGACGAGCAGCCAGCCCGGGACACCGAACAUACAGAGAAACUCCAGUACAAGCACUUCAUCCACGCCUUCAACCCCUCAGGCGAUCAAACCACCUCGCAACACGAUUAUUAGUGCCGCGCAGCAGCAACUACUCCGAACUCAUCUGGAUUCAAUCACUGACGUGGUAAUGCUGAGGAAACCGUAUGGAUGCGUGGUCAGUGUGGACCAAGGUGGGAAUGUCUUUAUAUUCCAUUGA